ACGAACCUUUGAGAGAUUGGAUUGGAAUCAAUCAAUCACACGAGAACUCCUUCUCUUAUCAUUUUUCUUUCCUUGGGCCGAUUUUUUUGCCUUUGUUUCGUGUACUUGUUUAUCCCCUUAUCGGAGUGUUCCCAGCCAGUGCGCGAGACGACGGCGAUGGCGAAGAAAUAGAAAGAAAAUCGCGCAAACAAGAAGAAGAACAAGAAGCUCCACUCACGAGGUAAUAUAAAAAGAGGUUUUUUUCAAUCGCGAGUCCAUGGAUCGAUGAGCGAGCCAGAAGAAAUCGAGAAAGAAAAGGAGGGAAUCGAUUGAUGAAGGCCUCCAAAAAUCCUAGUGGAGGAGGAGGAGGAGGAGGAGCUCUCCUCCAAGAACUAGAAGCUCUGAGCCAAGCUCUGUACAAAGCCCAGAUCGGCCAGGCGCCCACCACGAAUCCAGCGCCAAGACGCGAAUUUGAUCAGAUGGGUCACCGCCGGAGAGUGAGCGAGGCAGUGGGUCGUCCCCAGAAAGCUCCGCCCAAUCCCUCCGCGCUGGAAUCCAGGCACUCCAUCUCCGACAUUGGCCGCAAGAACACCACCGGCGAUAAAGAACUGGACGAAUCGUUAGCAGAGGAGGAAGAGAUCGACGCGGCGAGGCUGGCCGGCGGGGGCAAUCACAAGAAAGGCUUCUGGAAUUGGAAGCCACUCCGCGCGCUCUCACACAUCGGCCAGCAGCGAUUCCCCUGCGAGUUCUCCGCCCACGUCCAUUCCAUCGACAAGCUCCCAUCCUCCAUGAAUGGGCUUCGCCUCCAAGUCCAGCUCCGCCACCGCGACACUGGCGUCCAGACCAUGCCCGCCAGGGCCUCGCACGGCAGCACCGAGUUCCAGGAGAUCCUCCAUUUUCGAUGCACAGUCUAUGGAUCCAAGAGCAAGUCCUCCGGGACGAUCAAGUACAUGGCCAAGUCCUUCACGCUCUCGGUGGUGGCAAUGGACGUGGAGGAGCUCGAUCUUGGCAAGCACCAGCUCGACCUCAGCCGGAUACUCCCAUCGCAGGAAUCCAGCGGCGCCGCCAAGCCCACCGCCACCACCGCCUGGAACACGAGCUUCAAACUCUCGGGCAAGGCCAAAGGGAGCUCUCUCUCGGUGACUUUCGGGUAUGAGAUCUUGGAGAGCGGUGGCGGUGGCAGCAAGAUCAUGGGAAGUAGCGGACGUUUCGGGCAGUCGCCAGCGAUCCGGAGCGGCGGAGCGGUGUCGCGGUCGUUCAACAGCCUGCCGAAUUCGCCGCACGGCUCCAAGUUCCACAAGAAGACGUCGAGCAGCGUCGCGGACUUUGGAUCGCCGGCAGCGUCGGAGCCCGGGAACGAGCACGAGGAUUUCGCUGGGAUGGAUCAGUUCAAGCUGGAUGAUCCGGAAGAGCCGCCGCCACCACGGCCGCAGGGACUUCCACCGCCACCGCCAACUUUCAAGGCCAUUCCCGCCACCAGCGCCACUGCCAACACCACCACCCGGACGUCCAUGGAUGGAGUAUUGAGCGAUCAUCGGCGCGGGAAGUCCUUGUUUCCGGAGAUUGAUGCGGCGAUUGCUCCGGGGACUCCGGGACGGAGCCAAGAGCGCGAGGAAGAACAGCAGCAACAUGCUGUGGAAGAUGUGGAGCAACUGGACGAUGCCGCGGAGUUUGGAGUUGUGGAGAAGGGCGUGGAGACGAGCGUGCUGGAGGAGUUUAGCGGGUCCAUCGCACCGAUGGAUCGGAAGGAGAGUAGUGUUCCAGACGAGCCGAGAGAAGUGGAAGAACAGGAGCAGCAAGAGGAUGAGCAACAGCAAAGCUUGGACUAUAAGUUUGAGGAGGAAGACGACGAAGAAGAAAAUGGUGCUACAAAUGAUCUCCAAGGACACCAAGUUGAGGAACAAGAAUCCAAAGAAAUCGAUCGAGAGGGGGCGGCCGAGACCGUCGACCGGAAGAAAAUCGACGAGGAGGCCGAGAACAUGGAUUGGAAGCAGCAGGACUACGACUGGAAGCAGGAGCUUGAGCGGGACUAUCUGUUUGACAGCCUCAAGAAUCCGGGCUGGGCAGCUCGCCAGGAAUCGAAAUCGAUCAAGGUGGCGGAUUAUGACAUCAAAGACAGAGCUGGAACGGAUGAGAAGAUGGUGGGCGAUCACGACUACGACGAUGAGAUCGUCGCGGAUGAGUUCCUGGAUAUGCUCCAAGAAGGUGGCGGCGAUGGUGGCGGCGGUGGGAAAGAAGAGGAGGAAGAAGAAGAGUCGGAGUCUCCGCGAGCUCUACUGCUCAAGCAAUUCGAGAAGGAAUCCAUGCUCGAAGGAUUCGGCUUGGAGGACGAUCAAGCGCCAAAGCUCCAAGAAGAUCAAGAACACAAAGGUGGCCAAGCGGUCGAGCAAGCUCGAGCGCCAGUGGCCGAAAAGAUCGUCCCGGAGGAUUGGAGCUACAGCGACGACGAUGACAAGGAGCUAGCAUCGAUCAUGGACGCGGCCGAGUCGGAGCUCCAAAAGGCGACGCAAGCUUUUCGGAGCAAAGCUCGCGCGAAGAUGCUCGAGGACGCCGAGGCCGAGGCGCUGCUCCAGGAGUGGGGUCUCGACGAGAAGAUCUUCCACGGGUCGCCACCAUCUUCUUCGUCUCUCAACCCGGAAGAACUGCAGUCUCUCGUGCCGAGAUCCAAGCUCGCGGAGGAGCUGCCGGCGCUUGCUCCCGGGGUUGGAUCCAGCGUUCCCACUGCCGAUGGCGGGAGCUUGCGAUCCAUGGAUCCGGCGCUGUUCGAGAGCAGUGUUGGCGAGAGGAAGAAGAACAAUGGCAAGCUGGUGAUGCACGUCUCCAAGCCGGUGGUGGUGCCGGCGGACAUGGGAGCGAGCGCUAUGGAUGUUCUUCGCAACUUUGCGGCUGCGGGGAGCGAGAGCAUGGCGGCGCAGGCCAUGGAGGCGAUGCCGCUCGAGGACAUCACGGGCAAGAGCGUGGAGCAAAUCGCGCUCGAGGGGCAAGUUUGCUUGGAGGAGAGCAAUCGAAGAUAUGAUGCUGCGCUGCUCGAAUCCAACCGCUUAGCUCUGGAAGAUGGGAGCAGCAGCAAAGCUCUUGCGAUCCCAGCCUCUUCCUCGGCACUUUAUCAGCCUUCCAGGGCCAAGAAAGCGAUCACUGCUCAACGAUCGCGGGAGGCGGGAGAGUUCGUGUCACUGGACGAGCUCGCGCCGGUGGCCAUGGAAAAGAUUGAGCAGCUGGCAAUGCAAGGACUCAAGAUCCAGUGCGACAUGGCGGACGAGGAAGCUCCAUACUCGGUCGAGGCCUCCGCGAGCGUCCCGCUACUCAAGGGAUCAUCGUCAAGCUCGUCGCUGCUACUGGAAGCUCCAUCCUCGGAUGGGAUGAUCUCCAUGUCUCUCUCGCUGGACGAGUGGAUGCGACUGGACGCGGGACUGGACGAUGACGAGGAGGCGAGCGAGAAGACGAGGGCGGUCAUGGCGGCACACCGAGCAGCGCAUGCGGAUGAAGCGGCCACUACCGCGGACCUGGUGCUCAAUCUUAGCGGCGAUGGUGAUGGCGGAGGUGGUGCUAGCGGCGGUGGUGGAAAGAUGGGAAAGACUCUCACGCUCGCGAUGCUCGUCCAGCUGAGAGAUCCACUGAGGAACUUCGAGCCGGUUGGAGCACCGAUGAUGGCGCUGGUCGAGGCGGAGAGAGUGAUGGUGUCGCCGCGGCCAAAGCUGUGGAAGCGAGUGGCGCUCAAAGGAAACAGUGAGCCGGAGCUGGAGGACGAGGAGGAAUCAACAGCAAGAGCUAUGGACGAGGAAGAAGACGAUCGAGCAGCGGCGAUGGAAGCCGAGCCACAGUUCAAGGUGACUGGCAUCCACGUCGCGGGGCUGAGCUCCGCGGUGGACGAGCCCAGCUCCAUGAUCUCCUCUUCCUCCAGGAGUUCUUCCAAGAAGCAAGCUUGGGGGAGCCAGCGGCAGCAGCAAUCCGGAUCGCGCUGGCUGGUCGCGAAUGGAAUGGGGAAGAACCCGGGCGGCGCGAUCAAGCAUCCGCUGCUGCGAUCGUCCAAAUCCGCCGCCGCGAGCAAAGGCAAGGAUCAAUCUUCGUCGCUCUGGAGCGUCUCUUCGUCCUCUUCGUCGCCCGGCGUCUCCCGCAACCCAGACGUGAAGUUCGCGAAGCUUGGCGCCAAGAAAAGGUUUUAAAUCUGCCGAAUAUGCUUGUAUAUUCUAGUUAAGUUAGUCUAAUAUAACUUUAAACCUUAUAUAUUAAUUAAACAAGGUUAAAGAAAGUUAAACCUA